AGGUAGCAAAGCGGAGAUCGUAACAGUUGAAGUACGAAUGCCCUAUGUUUAUCAUGUAAUAUGAUAAGUGGAGGCGUAAGGACCAAUCAUAUUCCUUGAAUAUUUGUUGAUGAUUGACGGGGAACAUCUGAUACCAAAAACAGGCCCGCAGGCCAUGACGCUCGCCAACAUGACGCGAUAACAAUAGUGAUUAGUUACAACACUUAACGGUAGUCGGCGAUCGGAACGAACGAGUGCCGACAGACCAAUACAAUGUAAGAUGGCCGGUGUUACACACGCAUACACAUACACACAUACACAUACACGCAUAUCACCAACAAGUGACUGACCGUCGUUUUGGUACAUGGUGUAUUGGUGUUCCUAACGCAGUGAUACGUGUUGUAAGUUGUAACGUUUAGUCCGACAUAUUUGGAUUUUCAAUCGGUCUCGAUCGUUUGUAUUUUGUGUCUGUAUUGUGCGUCGCCAUUUUUUUUUUCAAUCAUCGUUAUCAAUCGCUUUGUGUUAAUUUUUAUUCGACGACGGCGUUUGCGUUUUUUGAACCACAUUCGGCUUCAGCCAUUUUGUAAUAAACAGUCCGACGUUACUGUACUAUUUAACUUCAGUACAUUUCAGUUUCGUCAACAACAAAAUGUCGGAGUAUACAAAAGAAAGCUUGAAAAAGCUAUACCCUACAAUGAAUUUUGACGUGCAGCUAACUCUCACCAAGAUAUCGAAAAACGAUAUCGAAAAACAUACCGGACAAUUUAGAAAACAACAAGGAGAGAACAUCUCUAAUCCAACAAAUGAUUUUGUGCCUAAAGUAUACAUAACACAAGAUAUACAACAUGAUGCAGUGAAAGAUGAAAAAAUGACACAAGGAGUACAAGACUAUUUAGAUGCUGCAAUUCAUAACAAUGUGGAUAAGAUUAUCGACCCGCAGUCCUUAGACAAUGAAGGCUUGGAUGUUAAUGUGACACAAGAAGAGGAAGGUUCAGUUACUUCUAAUGAAGAGUUGUAUAAGAUUACUGAGCAGCAGUACUCAGACGAUGAAGAAGGCUUGAUGGAUAUCAACGAGACACAAGAAGAGGAAGGUUCAGUUACUUCUAAUGAAGAGUUGUAUAAGAUUACUGAGCAGCAGUACUCAGACGAUGAAGAAGGCUCAAUGGAUGACACUGAGACACAAGAAGAGGAAGGUUCAGUUACUUCUAAUGAAGAGUUGUAUAAGAUUACUGAGCAGCAGUACUCAGACGAUGAAGAAGGCUUGAUGGAUAUCAACGAGACACAAGAAGAGGAAGGUUCAGUUACUUCUAAUGAAGAGUUGUAUAAGAUUACUGAGCAGCAGUACUCAGACGAUGAAGAAGGCUUGAUGGAUAUCAACGAGACACAAGAAGAGGAAGGUUCAGUUGCUUCCAAUGAAGAUAUGUAUAAGAUUACUGAGCAGCAGUACUCAGAAGAUGAAGAAGGCUCAAUGGAUGUCAAUGGGGUACCAAGAAAUGUGGAAAUCUCUAAUCCUGAGUAUAACUACAAUCAAAACAUAAAAAUCAAGCAGGAAAUAAUGGACGAUUCCUACAAUGCCACAUAUCCGGUACCAAGAAAUGUGGAAAUCUCUAAUCCUGAGUAUAACUACAAUCAAAACAUAAAAAUCAAGCAGGAAAUAAUGAACGAUUCCAACCAAGCCACAUAUCCAUCAGAAAGUAUGAACACCUUUGAGGAGGAAGUUCCCUGCCAUUCUAACAGAGGAAUCAAGCAAGAAGUCAUUGAUGAUUCCUACUAUGCCACUUAUCCAAUGCAAGAAGCAGGGUGUUCAUCUAGCAUGCACAGUGAUUUUUCUCCAGCAGUGAUUAAGCAAGAAGUUUUGGAUGACGGUUACAACGAGAGCAUUAUAACUGAAACAACUUAUGAUUGUUUCACAACUACAAAUGAGUAUAUAUCCAACAUGGACCAACCAACUCAAAACAUUUCUAACAUGCAGGGCUAUAUUAUGCAGCCAGAAAAUUCUCCAUUCAUGGUCAAACAAGAGAUACUUGACGAUGGUAACAUCGAGAUUUUUACGGAUGUAUUGAAGCCAUCGGCGGACCAGGAAGAUGAGGGUGGGAAUUCAUGGUAACAGUUUUCUU